GGCAGUUUCAAUUACGAAUUUAUACAAACAUAUAUUAUUAGAGAAGCGCUAACAAUUUGUCCGUCGUAAUGCAGGUGAACAAUGCAUGUAGAUCAUAUUCUGAACGUAAUAAGAACUUGUCGUAAAUGGUUUUCUUCUUUACGGUAAAUUGAUCUAUCAGUAAAAACAUCGUUAAUGGUGAAAGUUAACGCUGAAAGGGCAUGUUGCUGUAGAUAGAUCAAUAUAAUCAUGAGUCAUUUAAGUUCGGAAUAUUGGAUAUUAUGGUAUUUAUUCAUAUCGCUACCAGCCAUCGGACUGAUGUGUUCAACUAGAUCGAGCACCGUUCCGUUAACGCAGAGAUGUGCAGGGCAAGGGAGUUACAAGACUCGGACUUCGUGCGUGAGCAGAUGUGGUGAUGCCUUCAACCCAAGGUUGUCCUGUCAGUGUAAUUCUCUAUGUGGACGUCAUAAAGACUGUUGUCCUGACUUUGGCGACGUUUGUAACACGUCUUGUGCAUGGCGAUGCGACCAGGGUUAUGAUAAACCUCUCUCAUGCCAAUGUAAUGAACAAUGUCAAAAUCAUGAAAAUUGUUGUGAUGACUACACGGAAAUGUGCCAGAAUGGAGGGCCUAUAGAUACAACCCCUACGGUUGAAUGUGACGUCACAUCUUACGUCAAGGAUGUAGUGCAGCAUAUUUCAAAUGAUACUUUUUGGACCUGCAUCGAAAAAGAUGUGCCAUCGAUACACUGGCUACCUGACUGCUCCUGUCCUAUUGGACCAGAUGAUUUAGCGGUGAAUCUCACCAAAGGACUGACAACCAAGAUGAACUGUUCGGCCCUCUCCAAUGCCUCCAUCUCAUCACCCGAGCCAUACUCCUAUACAUGGAGAAUGAACGCACCACCAAACUCAAAGAUUCAUCUUCUUGUACACCACUCUGAAGGGAGUACUAUUACAGUAACAAAUGAAGAUCAUGGCAACAGUGGUCAUACCUUCUCUCUGGUUGAUAACGAUUAUGUAUCUGUAUCGAACACAGUCAUUAUUAACGCAUCACUGUAUGAUUUCAAGCAAGGUCAUCUUUUUGGGAUAGAAGGAUGGGCUCUCGAAGAAACUGAUACAACCCCUACGGUUGAAUGUGACGUCACAUCUUACGUCAAGGAUGCAGUGCAGCAUCUUUCAAAUUAUACUUUUUGGACCUGCAUCGAAAAAGGUGUGCCAUCGAUACACUGGCUACCUGACUGCUCAUGUCCUAUUGGACCAGAUGAUUUAGUGGUGAAUCUCACCAAAGGACUGACGACCAAGAUAAACUGUUCGGCCCUCUCCAAUGCCUCCAUCUCAUCACCCGAGCCAUACUCCUAUACAUGGAGAAUGAACGCACCACCAAACUCAAUGAUUCAUCUUCUUGUACACCACUCUGAAGGGAGUACUAUUACAGUAACAAAUGGAGUUGAUGGCAACAGUGGUCAUACCUUCUCUCUGGAUGAUAACGUAUAUGUAUCUGCAUCGAACACAGUUAUUAUUAACGCAUCACUGUAUGAUUUCAAGCAAGGUCAUCUUUUUGGGAUAGAAGGAUGGGCUCUCGAAGAAACUGAUUCCGAUAGCUCUUUAUCUCCCUUUGCUAUCGUAUUACCAACAAUUCUUCUCAUUGUUGUCGGUGUAUCGGUAAUUUGGAUCCUCUGCAGAAGAAGAAAAGUUUUGACUGAAAGGAAGAAUCUGUAUUGUCAAAGCUCGGAUGGUCCCGUCAACUCUACUUGCAAUACAGUCAGCAGUGAUCAUCACGGAGGGCCUCUUCACUCAGCACAUGAUUCUCCACUGUUCGAAAUGCAACCUGAUGCAUCCAGGAUCGCUCAACAGCAACAGAAUGGUCGUGAUGGGGCAAGCAAUGUGAUCUACAAUGAAAUUGGAGAGGAAAACUACAGUGUCCUGUUCAGCGGCAAAGAGCAGGGCGACUAUCAUACCUACGUCCUACCAGAUAGGCAUAUUCCAGAUCUUCCACAGGAGGUGCAAAAGACAAGUAAUCAAAGAGCAGGAAACACAAACCAAUCGGAUCUCCAGAAGCAACUUGGGCAGGAAGGACCGGGGAACAACCAUUCAUAUUAUGUCCUUGAAGCAGGAAACGAAACCUCACCAGCACCAGCGACUGGACUUAUCUCAAAGGAUGGAUCAUCAUCAACAACAAGAGUCGAUCCCGACUCUGAAGCCCUGGAGGGAAAACCAAAGGUGAUACCCGACGAUGCUGCUCGCAAACUAUACGACCAUCCUCGAAAAAGCGCACCGGAAGUUCUAGAAAAUCACGCCGACAGCCGAACACGACAUGAAGCUGCUGAAGAUGACUUGGCCAACACCUACACAACCUUGGAUGCGGAUCCGAAGGAUGACGGAGAGUACUCCCAUCUUCAAAGGCCUCUUGGUAUCAACCUGCCAUCAGGUCAUCAUCACCUUGAUCGAGAUCCAUGUAAUGAGUAUGGGAAACUCGAGGGCAACACCAGAUAA